CCUCCUUUCCCCUCCCCUCCCCUGGACAUUCUCUCUUUCUCACACACACGCACAUCUCCGGCUCUCCUUUUCUGUGCCCCUCCCCGCUCACUUUGUCUCUGCCCUCUCAGACCUGUACCCGAAGUCCCAACGACCUCCUUUCCCUUAGCGCUGUUCUCCACCCCUGACUCCUGAUCUUCCCCUUCCCUGGCAUCAGGCUCUGCGGCAAGCACUCCUCCUCUGUCUUCCACGCCCAGCUCCCUUCAGCCGGUGUCUUGCUCCCCUUGCUCCCAGCAUGACUCCCACCCGUGCUCCAUGAGGAUCCCCCAAACUUCCCCAAGAUGAUCCUCUCGCUCUGAUUUCCUUCCCACCCGUCUACCCACCCUGCACCCUUUAAGGCUCCCUUCCAUACAACACUAAACCUGUGCACCUCCCCACAGUACCACCCUACCACCCCUAACUUCCCACCUCCUGAGAGUCUCACGGCGGGUCACUCCCACCCUCCCCUCAUCCCUCUUACCCUCCUUCCCCCAGGAUCACCUUCCUCGUUUUCUCCUUGUCCCCCGGCGCUCCCCCGCCCCACUCUGUCCUUCCCCUCCAAGUCUUUCCCCCAUCCUCCCAUUCUCCCCCAGAGGAGCGCCCCCACCUCCGCUCGCAGCCUCUAGGUCCUCCAGCCUCCCAGCUCACCCUUGCCUCUCUGUCUCUUCCAUCCCCGCGCCCCCCCCCGUAACUCCUCCCGCUCCCCCCAUCUCUCAUAGCUCCCAUCCCCCGUGACCCCCCCAUCCCUCCGCAGCUCAGUCCUCCCGAGUCCCCCUUGCUGCUCCCUCGCCCCAUCCCGCCCGCCGCGCUCCCGCCCCAGUCCCGCCCGGUUCGCCCGCUGCGCGCUCCAGGCUGGGUGCGCGCCAUGGGCAGCGGCAGCAGCCGGAGCGGCCGGAUCCCGAGGCGGCGGCGCAGCCCUGACAGGCGUCAGACGGGCUCCGGAGAGACAGCCUCGGAGGGCGGCGCGGCUGACCAGGCCCCGACAGCCGCGGCCCAGGAGGAGAUCGACCGCGACCCCCGCCCUGCGACGCCCCCCGGCGGCCGGGAGGAGACCCUGCGCCUGCUGGACCAGUUGCUGGCAGAGUCGGAGGCCUGGGGGCCCCAGGAGCCGACCCCACGAGGCCCCGCCAGGCUCCCACCCGCGGUGUCCCCAGAGAAGGUUAAGGGCAGCCCUGAAGACAGCUGUGCCUCUGAAGCCCCAGGGAACAGCCCCAAGAGACCCGAGGGGCAGUCGGCCAUCUCCUAUGAUUACUCCGAAGAGGAACUCAUGGCGAGCAUUGAGCGGGAGUACUGCCGCUGAGCUGGACGAGCAGCCCUGGACACCACUGCCCAGGCCUUGCAGGUCUUCGAGCUGGGGUGGAGUCAAGGGCACCAGCUUGCCCUACCCGUCCGUGACCUGGCCGGAGAGGAACCACUUCUAGAAUACAGCUAUUUUCCCAAACUGAUCUUUUAAGAUUCACGGUCGGAGUCCUGCCGAUGGCCAGGCAGACCAAGAGUGAGGGGCAUGUAGGCGCCAGGCCACAGGUGUGCGUGCCUUCCUCCUCUCUCUGAGGGGUAGCCUGGCUGUGUGGGCCCCCUGGGUUCUGAACGCUUGCUCUACUUACUCAUUUUCCAGGUGGGGAAGGGUCAACCCCUCUUGGUAUCUGUGCCACAGGCUUCUAGAAGUUUCCACCAAGGUAUGUUCUCAGUCUUCACACUAAGAUUUCUCCAGAGGGAUGCAGCUACCUCCAUGUAUGUCAGUUUCUGUGGAUGGCAGGCAGAUGCUGAGCGUGUGGGUCUACGUGGGUCCAGGGAUUGUAUUUCGGACAGCUUAGAGGUAACAGCGAGCUGCAAGGACCCGGGGCCUGAGUCCCUUGGCUUCUGCCUUCCGCAUGCUGGAGGCCCCUCCGAGUCACAGCAUAACAGCCUCCCCUCUUGGGUGUAGUAGGAAGAGAGAGGGCUGGGGCCCAGAGGCUGCUUGGCAUCCCGGUAUUACACUAGCCUGCUAUCACUUCCCUCUCUGGGCCUCUCAGUUUCUCUCUCGGGGAGAAUCCUGGAGGUUCUGUGAGGUCUUUCAAGCCCUAUCAGUUUGGCAGCCCUGUCUUCCAGCCCUGCCGUCUUCCGGGGCCCAUUGUGCUUUAUCCAUCCCCGAGCGCGGAGCUGCGUUGGAACUGAGGGAGGCGGUGCACAGGGUGCACAGCAAAGGCCUUCAUGGGAAUCGCUCUCCAGUUUCCCUUCUGGCUGGCAGUCUGGCUAACACCAUGAGCCUCUUCUCCUUCUUCCUGCUUUGGGUGGAAGGUAGUCACAAUAAUGAUGUCAAAGGGGACCUCAAGCAUUCCCAGUUGACAGACGGGAAAAUAUAGAAAGCCGGUGGGAAGGAAGGAACGGCUUGUGUGGUCCUGUGGGGCCUUGCUUGGUCUUGCGUGGGUGUGGAAUCCUGGAAGGGUUUAUAGAUCUGUGAGUGGAGGGACAAGCCCACAUCCCUGCAACCAUCAGGCUAGAGACCUUAAGGCUGCAUAGUGAAUUCAAAUGCAGCCUGGACUGUGUCCUGACAGUCUGUCAGAAAAGGGGGUAGAGAAUCGGGAAACAACGGCAACUUUAGCUAAGGUCAAAACAGGUCUGCCUCCCCGGACCAAGGCAGCGACCUUCACCAGCAUCUUCCCUCUGCCAGCCCAUGAAUCCUCAGAACACAACCUAGAGCAUCUCAGGAACUGAGGAAGAAUGGUCACUGAGACUGUCCCCGCACCUGCGGCCCUUUGCUGUCACCUGCAAAUGAUUCCAUGAACUCGCUGACUUGACAGGAGUGCCUAUGAGUUCUUGGCUGGGAGACUUGUGCUACGGUCGGAGCCCAGAGUCACUGUCUACCAGUCGGUCAAACACUCCCAGAGCUAGCAACUAACUGUCUUACUGGAGCCCAAAGGGCUGCUUUUGCUAUGAAAAUGAAAGCUGUUUCUAUUUUAAUAACACAAAUAUUAAAAAUGCUUAUUUUAAAAGA